CAACACUUGUUGAGAUGUAUAAGACAGCAGAAGGCUUCAGCCGGCAGUCUUAUAUGAAGGGAUAUGUGGUGGUAGGUCCUCCAUCUGCCGGGGCUUUUCGGGAACGCCCAUAUACGCCAACCACUUUGCGCCAAGUGUAUGAUCGUGGCCUCCUUCCAUUAAUGGUGGCACAUGGCGGCAUAAGCAACCACAUCACAUGGAGGGUAGAUAUCCAGAGGCUAGACUAUCAUUACUACCUGCCUCUUUUCUUUGAUGGCUUACGUGAGACUGAUCAUCCAUAUGAGCUCUUCGCCCGUCAGGGGGUCCAUGAUCUGCUGCAAUACGGAGGUGACAAGAUCUUGCCAGUCAUCCCCUGGCUCAUCAUCCCUAUCAAAAAAGCCCUGAAUACACGGAACCCCCAGGUGAUCUGCACCACACUUAAAGCACUGCAGCAUCUGGUCAUGUCUGCAGACAUGGUGGGAAAAGCUCUGGUGCCAUACUUCAAAAAUGUCCUCCCUAUUUUCAACCUCUUCAAGAACAAGAACAUAAGCACUGGUGAUGGUAUUGACUACAGCCAGAGGAAGGGACAAAACAUCGGGGACUUGAUUCAGGAGACUCUAGAGAUAAUGGAGCGUUAUGGAGGAGAUGAUGCCUUUGUAAACAUCAAACACAUGGUUCCCACCUAUGAGUCCUGCAUGAGCCAAUAAGGGGAAACUGUCUCCCUGGUGAUACAGAGACGCUUUUUUUCCAUUUCUCAUCAUUUGUUUUCCCCUUAAUUUUCAAAAACCCAUUCAUCAUCCAUCCAUCCAUCGUCUACCACUUAAUCCUCCACAUGAGGGCUACGAGGCUGCUGGUACCAAUCCAAGCUCGUAUAGGGUAAAAGGCAUGGUACACCUUGGAAAGGUUGCCAGUUCUCCUGGUUGUUUACAUAAAGACAGGGUUUUUUCGAGUGGAGUGUGUGCUCACGUGUGUACACGUAGGGUCAAUUUAGAGUGUCCAAUUAGCCUAUGCAGUUUUUGGAGAAAACCGGAAAACCCAGAGAAAAGCAAUGCACACACAGGGAGAACAUGCAAACUCCACACAGAAAGGCCCACACCUGAUCGAUGGUCACUAGUAGCUCUAGUGUGGCACAUUUCCAGAAACUGCCAGUGAGCACUGUGGUCGGAAUUCAAACAAUUUCCACAUUGACUAAGCAUUUUAGAGGGAAAAGCAUCGUCUGGAGAGAAAUCAUGAAGCAAAGGCAACAGUGCUGGGACAAAGGAAGUAGGAGAGGACAGAAUUAGAGGCGCCCAUAGAAAGGAGCAGGUGAUCGUGAGUAGACAUGUAGACAAUUAGAGGUGUAAGGAGGAAGUUGAGGAGGGCUGUAGAGAUUAUGACGAAUAGAGAUGAGGAUGAAAGAUGUGACAGAGUGUGGAAACAUGGUAGAAGGGAUGAUGUUUUUUUGUGUUGUUUUUUACUGAUAAAAGAAUAGGGAGGAACUAGAAUAUUUCACAGGACAAAUAUAACAUUUGUGCCUGCUCAUUGGUGAGAUUUUCUUCAUCAAGGUUACUCAAAAUGCUUAGAAAAGCCAUAGCACACCAUUCCCAACCAAACCACAUGUUUUAAUGUCUAAUUUAUUGGAAGUUUUUGAUUUUUUUUCAAAGCACUGGGAUGAGUCUCAGCAAAAUUAUAGCCAAAGAGAAAGAAGGAGAACAAGAAUAAGCUUGAUUUCCAGUAUGUUGUGAUAUAGUUCUUGGUCCCAGCAGUCACUAAUAAGGAGAGGAAGUUUAAUAUAAGGCAAAAGAUGUAAUGCAACAUUACAUAUACCAACUGCAGGCUGUCCUUCAUGACACCUAACCACCCGUGAUUCACAAGCAGCUUUAAGGAAGAUGCCUCAUCCUCCAGUCACCCAAAUACUCUUCCAGUCCCAUACAAGAACUAUAAAUAUACUGUAUGUGAAGUGAGAAGUAAACAGUACAACAACAUGUCAGACAACAACAAAAGCAGACACUGGAAAUCAUCAGAUAACUUAUCUCUAAAUAUUGCUGAAACAUUUUCAGAAGUCUGCAAAGGUCACCGAACAGUUGAUGUUGAUGUAUUGGGCUUCAAUUGUAAAACAUAGGCUCAAAUAGUUUUAUAGUAAAGAUCUUAUCAUAUGUCAUUUGUUCCUUAUAACGUAUAACUAGAAAUAAAACUCAUCAUAACACC